AUGCUGUCAUUAUCGUCUCUCCUUAACCCAGCGCCCCCUGGGCCACCAGACCCCCGAGUCCACGCGAGUCCGACGUUUUCCUCGCCUGCGACGUCCUACUCGGAUACGGAGAUGCUACCCUCGUUCGACAGGCCCAUAUUCUCGAGGAUCAAGAUGCGAGACUCGGGAAGUUUUACGAAGUCGGCGCGGCCGAGGGGCACUAUCAAAUUUCACCCGUACGAGGAUGUUGACGAAGCGGCGCUGAGGGAGAUUAUAAGGUUCCAAGUCACACCGUUUGGUCGGAUUAGGGAGCGCUGCGCUCAUAUUCCGUACAAUAGCGGCAAGAAGGAUUUUUACGAGAAGACUGGGCGGGAAAGCUUUGAAGUGUUCAAAUAUGAUUUCAGGGUACCCGGGGACGAGAUGGAGUACACGGUCAUGUGGGAUUACAAUGUCGGGCUCGUUCGAAUGACACCGUUCUUCAAGUGCUGUCAGUAUGGCAAGACUAUGCCAGCAAAGAUGCUUAGUCUCAAUCCCGGCCUCAAGGAUAUAACGCAUAGCAUUACUGGUGGCGCAAUAUCCGCGCAAGGUUAUUGGAUGCCAUAUCACUGUGCUAGGGCAGUAUGUGCUACGUUCUGCUACAAGAUCGCGGGAGCUCUGAUUCCGAUAUUCGGACCAAUGUUCCCAGCCAUGUGUGUCCGGCCAGACUCCCCAGAGUACGGCCGCAUGACGAUAAACCCGCGCAUCAUCGCAGAUGCCGCACGCGAAGCGGAGUUAAACCGACGCCACUACCUGAGCAUGCACAGUCCGCGAGGAACGCUAUCGGGAUCCAACAGUCCGCGAAGCGCACGCACACCUGCCCGGAGCACGCCAGAGGGUGACCUAUACGGAAGCAGCCACCACCAACGGCAGCCGUACAACCACUUACGGCUCAAACCGAGGGCUCUCUGCGAUAGCCCGUACAACACCGACCCCGAGGAAGGCUGUCACCGAUCUGUGCCUGACUCUGCCAGCAGCUCGUCGAGCUCGACGACGUCGAGUGCCUACUUCUAUACACCUACGGGACCCACCGCCAUGCAAACUCGUUCGUCAGGCUGGACACCAGCCAACCGCCCGCCGCCUCAGGUACCAACGCCGCAUCAUCGAGAAGACCAAUACUCUCCGAGCAACCCAUGGUUAAGUGCGGUCCCGCGCUUCGCGCCUCCGAACCCGGUACAGCAAGCACCCCCACACCUUCGGCCAUGGCUAAGUGAAGGCAGCGGCGCAGGCGGUGACAGCAGCAGCGCCAGCAGCAGUGCCAGCAAUGGUAGCAACAGCAGCUCGAUUGGAAAGAGACCCAUGGAGUCAGAAGCGAACAGCAACGGCCAUGACGCAGGCGGUGAAAGCCUAGCGAAGAGCCCUGCGCUAGCCCGAGGUCUUCGAGGCGGAGCAACGGUGAAAGUGGGAGCAGGAGCACAAGUAUUAGGUGCAGCAGGCCCCCGAGGCCUUGUGAGACGCCCUGCGGACGGGGUGGAGAAAAAUGCUGCACUACUCCUCAUGAACCUCAGUGUUAGGGAUGGGGGUGGCAUGGAGGAGUGUGCGGAGAGGGCGGUGGAGGAGCUGCAUCGGGCGAAGAGGCGGCGGGCGAGCUCCAUGUGA